AUGGCCAUGGCUCCUACAAUCAAUGUGGUUCUAGGAUCAGUUGCCUUUGCAGUCUUUUGGGUAUUGGUAGUUUUCCAUGCUGUUCCAUUUCUACCCAUUGGAAGUAUUGCAGGAUCACUCCUAGGAGCCAUGCUAAUGGUGAUUUUCGGUGUCAUGUCCCCAGAGCAAGCAUAUGAUGCAAUUGAUCUUCCAAUACUCGGUCUUCUUUUCGGCACAAUGGUAGUUAGUGUUUAUCUUGAAAGAGCUGAUUUGUUCAAAUACUUAGGUCAGUUGGUUGCAUGGAAAAGUAGAGGAGCCAAGGACUUGAUUUUCCGCGUCUGCCUAAUAUCUGCCCUUUGUAGUGCUUUCUUCACAAACGAUACCGCUUGUGUUGUCUUAACCGAGUUUGUCUUAAACAUUGCCAGGCAACACAAUCUUCCACCUUACCCCUUUUUACUAGCUCUCGCUACUAGCGCAAAUAUUGGAUCUUCGGCAACACCUAUUGGAAACCCACAAAAUCUAGUUAUAGCCGUCCAAAGUAAGAUUUCGUUUGGAAACUUCUUAGUCGGGCUCCUCCCAGCUGUUCUUGUUGGCGUUUUAGUUAACGCGUUGAUCAUAAUAGGCACAUUUUGGAAGUUAUUGUCAACUAAACAGGAUUUGGAACAUGUUGAUCUAGAGAUCGUUGCUUCAGAAAAAAUCACUUCUGAUCAAGUUUCACCUAUAACAUCACAUCAUUUAACAGAUAACCAUGAGUCUCCUGGAAGAUCUUCCAAUAAAUCAGAUGUGUCUAAAGGUGUCGUUGAAGAUCUAGACGAGUCGUUUCAGCAGAAGGAAGAAACGAGGACUCUUGAGGGACUCGAAACCACAAAGAGAGAAUUUACUACACAAUUGAAACUGAUCUUAUCUGGGAAGGAAAUGAGUGAAAAGUGGAAGCACUUAAGCUGGAAAAUAUGUGUAUAUUUUAUCACUAUGGUCAUGCUAAUUGCUCUGGUUUUUGGUUUAAACAUGUCAUGGACUACAAUCACUGCUGCAUUAGCUCUUGUAGUUCUUGAUUUCAAGGAUGCUCGCCCCUCAUUAGAGAAGGUCUCUUAUCCAAUUUUGAUAUUCUUUUGUGGAAUGUUCAUCACGGUUGAUGGAUUCAAUAGAACUGGUGUUCCUAACAAACUUUGGGAUAUCAUGGAGCCCUAUUCACGGAUUGAUCAUGUUGGCGGAAUAGCGGUGUUGUCGCUAGUCAUUAUCGUUCUCUCUAACGUCAUAUCAAAUGUUCCAACUGUUCUGUUGUUGGGAGGGCAAGUAGCUGCAUCAGCAGCGACAAUAUCUACAUCAAAAGUGACAAAAGCAUGGAUGAUCUUAGCUUGGGUUAGCACAGUGGCCGGAAACCUAACGCUUCUUGGAUCAGCAGCCAACUUAAUCGUGUGCGAACAGGCUCGACACGCCCCAUCUCUAGCCUACAAUCUCACUUUCUGGAGACACUUUAAAUUUGGACUUCCAUCCACGCUUAUUGUCACUGCUAUUGGUUUGUUUUUGAUAAGAGGUUAA